AGCGCCCAGCUCUUCCGGUUGUCCCGGCAGAGAGAGCGAGCAGCCCGACACCACAGGGAUGCGAACGCUAGCGACAUGGCGACGGACGGCGCGAAGCCCGCAGUUGUCGCAGUUGUGACUGAGCCUCGGUUCACCCAGAGGUACCGAGACUAUCUGGAGAAGCAGGAGCUCUUGGAUAGACAGCACCGAGUGCAGAAGCUGCGGGAUGGCCUGGUGGCGCUGCCGGUGCUGGCGGAAAGCCUCCCUGAGCAGCACCUGCAGGAGCUGAGGAGUCGCGUGGCCCCGGGCAGCACCUGCGUGCUGGCGCGGCUCCCCGAUCCCCUUCCUUCUAAACAGGCCCGGCUUCGCUCACCUGCGCAGAGACUCCGCCUCGAGGUGAGGCGUUGGGUGGAGGACCGCGGCCUGACGUGGGCCGCUCAGCUGGAGGCCGAUCUGCCCCGGUCUUGGCAACGGCACGGUGACCUGGUGCUGCUUAGUGAAGACUGUUUCCAAGCCGAGCAGUGGAAAAGUCUGGAACUCCCGGGACUCUGGGAGACCGUCGCCUCAGCCCUUGGAGUCCAACGUCUGGCCAAACGCGGGCGGGUGUCACCUAAUGGUACUCGAACUCCGUCAGUGACGCUGCUGCUGGGCGAGCAUGGCUGGGUAGAGCAUGUGGAUAACGGCAUCCGGUAUAAGUUGGAUGUGACCCAGUGCAUGUUCUCCUUCGGGAACAUCACGGAGAAACUUCGAGUGGCGUCUCUGCCCUGCGCUGGGGAGGUGCUGGUGGACCUCUAUGCGGGCAUUGGUUAUUUCACGUUGCCCUUCCUGGUUCAUGCCGGCGCUGCCUUCGUCCAUGCCUGCGAGUGGAACCCUCAGGCUGUAGCUGCUCUGAGACACAAUUUGGAGCUCAAUGGCGUGGCAGACCGGUGUCAGAUACACUUUGGAGACAACAGGAAGCUGAAGCUCGCAGACACCGCAGAUCGGGUGAACCUGGGGCUGAUUCCCAGCUCUGAAGAAGGCUGGCCCGUUGCCUGCCAAGUGCUCCGGAAGGAUGUGGGGGGGAUUCUGCAUAUCCACCAAAAUGUGGAGUCCUUCCCAGGAAAGAAACCCCAGCCUCUUGGAAGCAGUGACUCGGGAAAAGAGCACUGGCCUCAUCCCCAAAACAUCCUCCCUGAUAAACGGGGAAAUGGAACUACUGGGAAUGUCAGAGGGGACACGCUGUCAGCAGCCAGCAAAGCAGAGUGGCAGAGCUGGGCGGAAUCUGCAGAAACUCAGAUCGCCUCUCUCCUUCACCAAGUGCAUGGGAAACCGUGGAGGACACGCAUCCUGCAUGUCCACCCAGUGAAGUCAUACGCCCCCCAUGUGGAUCACAUAGUCCUAGAUCUGGAAUGCCGCCUGUCCUCUGAUUGGCUAGAAGAGGUAGAUUCGGUGACACGGUAGAGCCAAAUGAGGGACCUUAGUGCUUCAGCUAGGACUGAGUUCUCACCCUUUUGUUGCCCGGUCAUCUUUUUAAGUGAUUUGUGAUCUGAAAAUGAACUCUAGACUAGUCCAAAUGAUUUUGCUUAUCUGAGGAGAUCAGCAUGGCAUAUUAAAAUAGGACUCAUUUGUGCAGUCCUGAAUUCUGCA